CAGCCCCGGCAGCCCCACAGGCCCCCCUCAGCUGGGAUGUUCCCCAAUGGCACCGCCUCCUCUCCCUCCUCUCCUAGCCCCAGCCCGGGCAGCUGCAGCGAAGGCGGCGGCAGCAGGGGCCCCGGGGCCGGCGCUGCGGACGGCAUGGAGGAGCCGGGGCGAAACGCGUCCCAGAACGGGACCUUGAGCGAGGGCCAGGGCAGCGCCAUCCUCAUCUCUUUCAUCUACUCCGUGGUGUGCCUGGUGGGGCUGUGUGGGAACUCUAUGGUCAUCUACGUGAUCCUGCGCUACGCCAAGAUGAAGACUGCCACCAACAUCUAUAUCCUAAACCUGGCCAUCGCUGAUGAGCUGCUCAUGCUUAGCGUGCCCUUCCUGGUCACCUCCACGUUGCUGCGCCACUGGCCCUUCGGCGCGCUGCUCUGCCGUCUCGUGCUCAGCGUGGACGCGGUCAACAUGUUCACCAGCAUCUACUGUCUGACCGUGCUUAGCGUGGACCGCUACGUGGCCGUGGUGCACCCCAUCAAGGCGGCCCGCUACCGCCGGCCCACCGUGGCCAAGGUAGUGAACCUGGGCGUGUGGGUGCUAUCGCUACUCGUCAUCCUGCCCAUUGUGGUCUUCUCGCGCACCGCGGCCAACAGCGACGGCACGGUGGCCUGCAACAUGCUCAUGCCCGAGCCCGCCCAACGCUGGCUGGUGGGCUUCGUGUUGUACACAUUUCUCAUGGGCUUCCUGCUGCCCGUCGGGGCCAUCUGCCUGUGCUACGUGCUCAUCAUUGCCAAGAUGCGCAUGGUAGCCCUCAAGGCCGGCUGGCAGCAGCGCAAGCGCUCGGAGCGCAAGAUCACCCUAAUGGUGAUGAUGGUGGUGAUGGUGUUUGUCAUCUGCUGGAUGCCGUUCUACGUGGUGCAGCUGGUCAACGUGUUCGCUGAGCAGGACGACGCCACAGUGAGCCAGCUGUCGGUCAUUCUCGGCUAUGCCAACAGCUGCGCCAACCCCAUCCUCUACGGCUUUCUCUCGGACAACUUCAAGCGCUCUUUCCAGCGCAUCCUGUGCCUCAGCUGGAUGGACAACGCCACGGAGGAGCCAGUCGACUACUACGCCACGGCCCUCAAGAGCCGCGCCUACAGUGUAGAGGACUUCCAGCCUGAGAACCUGGAGUCCGGCGGCGUCUUCCGUAAUGGCACCUGCACGUCCCGGAUCACCACGCUCUGAGCCUGGGCCACGCGGGGGCCCUGCGCCAAAAGAGGAGGAGAAGGAGGAGAAGGGAGGGCCGGGUGCGAAAGGGGACGGCAUCCAGGGCGCCAGGGUGUGGUGGCGGUAGCGUGGGGCUAGGGCACCGCCGGCCUCUGGUGCAGGGACCCGGGAAAGGCCCUUGACGAUGGUAGUAUUUGAGAGAGAUUUGUUUAUAAACUGAGACGGCUUUCUUGCCACCUCGUUCUCCCACCUUCGGCUCCUUUCUCAACUGCGCUUGCUCUCCUGACCCUUGCAUACUCCCACCCUGCAACUUUGACCCUUCCUUCCGCACCGUCCCGCCGGUGCAGAUCACGCACUCAUUAACAUUGCUACUCAGUCCAGUCCUCAGUCCCUCCAGCCGUUAUUUCUGUUUGUUCAAGCUGAGCCACGGCGACCGCCCAGGGUUUUCCUCGGGUUGGUCCCUAGCUCGCCCUCGGUCCCGCCCAGCCGCGCCCGGCGCUGUCCAGGUUCUGCCUGGCGCCC